GUGUGCCUCUGAUUUAUCAAUGAUAAUGUUGCGUGCAACAGUUUGAUAAACGACAAUAAUUUGUUGUGCACGGAAAUCCUGUAGAGAUACCGAAGAGUCAAAGGGACGGGCUGCACCAAUAGCACACUGCUCUUGCCAUCUUUGUGCUUGACUUUCUCCUCCCACCACUCUUGUGUGAGAAUUGCAGCGAGCCACCAGCCUAGGAAAAUCGGUUAUCCGAAUACUCCGUGGAAAGGGGGUGGCAAAGAAGAGCGAUUAGGCUGAAGAUAACUGUUUGGUGGGGAAAGACGAUUUGGUUUGGAGAAGUUUCUAAAGUUUAGUUCACAAUGUCUUUGUCGGUACCCCAGAAUGGAAUCAAGGCGGAUAACGAGCCCGUUAUCGAGCUCUUUGUGAAGGCGGGAAGUGAUGGCGAGAGCAUCGGGAACUGUCCGUUCUCACAGAGACUCUUCAUGAUCCUGUGGCUAAAGGGAGUGGUGUUCAACGUCACCACAGUGGACCUGAAGAGGAAGCCUGCAGACCUCCAGAACCUGGCCCCGGGCACACACCCUCCCUUCAUCACCUUCAAUGGGGAGGUCAAGACCGACGUCAACAAGAUCGAGGAGUUCCUAGAGGAUGUCCUCAGCCCACCCAAGUUCACCAAGCUUGGCACCAGACACCCGGAGUCCAACACAGCUGGGAUGGACAUCUUUGCCAAGUUCUCAGCCUUCAUCAAGAACUCCAAACCAGAUGCCAACGAGGGUCUGGAGCGUGGGCUGUUGAAGACCCUGCAGAAGCUGGAUGAGUACCUGCGCUCCCCACUGCCUGACGAGAUCGACCACAACAGCAUCGAGGACAUCAAAAUCUCCACUCGCAAGUUCCUGGACGGUGACGAGAUGACACUGGCUGACUGCAACCUCCUGCCCAAGCUGCACAUCGUCAAGGUGGUGACCAAGAAGUACAGAGGCUUUGACAUUCCCAAGGAUAUGACGGGCAUCUGGCAGUACCUGCAGAACGUCUAUACGUGUGAGGAGUUCACCAACACCUGCCCCAGCGACAAAGAGAUUGAGAUCGCCUACCAAGACGUGGCCAAGAGGCUGGUCAAAUAGGGCUAUUCCCCCCCCCCCCCCCCGGCACUGGGACUGGUCUGUUCAGACACGAGAAAGAACUAUGGACUACCUUUCCUUCACUCAUUUAAAGCAAACCUAAUGCAUAAAUCUCUCUGUUCCUACCGUUCCCUUUUUAUUUUUAGAAGAUUUCUUGAGUACAUGAAGCUCAAAGGUCCAUUGGUUGUUACUUUUUUGUUUUCUUUUUGUUCUGAUGAUUGUUUCGGGGCGUCUGACUGGCGAGGCGGUCGAGCUACCUGCCAGAUUGGACGCAGGCUAGUGUGUAUCCGAGCUUAUCAGUUGGAGGGCCAUCGACACACACUAUAAAGUGGCCUUCCGGCUGACACUCUGUUUCCACACGGGAAUAUGGUCACAAGUGUUUUUUUUCCUUCUGUUGUCUGUUCAAUAUUGAUUUGCAUUUCAUGCUUGCUUUGAAAGUAACCAUUACAAGACUGAUUUUGUGUGUUGGUUUAAACAGUGUUGAAAGCUUCAGUGUUUUUGGCUCUAGAGAGUAAAUGAGGGCAGGUUUCACUGCAUGUACUGCAUUAGACGCUAGGCCAAACCACAGUUGACAUAUCAGCGCGAUAUUCUUCAUUUUACUGUUGCGUUGCUUGAGUCAAUUGGUAUAACUAUAAUACAGGUAAGGCUACCUGUUGUACAUGCUCUGAUACCAUUUACUCCAUAACCUUGUAUGUGGACACAUGGGUGCAAAGAUCCAUGACAAUUAUGCUACCUGAGCUCAGUCUACAGUAGGCUUAGAUGUACCUGUGCCAGGUCCUUAGAUGUUUUCAGCUCAGAACAAGGGAACCUAAGAUGCGUGAAAUAUUAGAUACUAUGUAGCAAACAAAACCAACCAUUUAGACUUGUAUGGGAAUACAAACUGUCCUUCAUCACUGCAUUGCCUCAUAUCACUGCUCCAUAUAGACACUGACUCAUAUCACUGCUCCAUAUAGACACUGACUCAUAUCACUGCUCCAUAUAGACACUGACUCAUAUCACUGCUCCAUAUAGACACUGACUCAUAUCACUGCUCCAUAUAGACACUGACUCGUAUCACUGCUCCAUAUAGACACUGACUCGUAUCACUGCUCCAUAUAGACACUGACUCGUAUCACUGCUCCAUAUAGACACUGACUCGUAUCACUGCUCCAUAUAGACACUGACUCGUAUCACUGCUCCAUAUAGACACUGACUCGUAUCACUGCUCCAUAUAGACACUGACUCGUAUCACUGCUCCAUAUAGACACUGACACUCUUGGCAGUAAUGCUCAUUUUGCCCAAAAUGAACAUAUUUUUUUUCUCUCUCCUGUACAGUAUGAAGGGAAAUGUUUAGCUUGUGUUGUGCUGGCAGCAGUGGUAGUUUUAUAUUACACUUCAGCCACCGAAAAGGGGACAUUUUAUUCGGGUCUCACUGUGGAUUGAAUGACUCCUGUUAUCUAAACUAGUGAAGUAACAAAAACACACUCGCCAUCUUUCUAUCGCAUACAGAAGAACCCCGAUCAGCCAUCAGAAAUGGUGACACUAAAGAUAUUUAUGAGAAUAGGCAUCGGGGCGAGGAGACUGGUAAUGUUAUGACUAUCAUUUAGGAUUUCAUUUUCUCAUUAUUUAGAAUGCUUUCAAAGGUAGUGAGUGUAUUCUGUCAUAGUUUCAAAAUGCUUUAGUGUGGCUAAAGCAAAAAUAUGUAUCGUUUUGUUUUUUCUCCCCUUUGCCAUCCUUUCGGACAUUUGUUGUAAUACAAAUUUGAUAAAAGGAUUUGUAAAUAUUUGUUUUGAUUAUUCAGAGUUCAAUGUGUAAAUUGUAUACAUUCAUUGGUUGGUUUGAAUUGGGGGGGUGGUGUAAGCCUUUUUUACCUGCUUGGGUUUUAGUACUAGAAGACAUCUCCUCUGGCCUUUAUUUGUUUUCUCUUGCUCAGACGGUUUUAAAAAUCACUGCAAAUACGACAUGUGUAUGUCAAUUUCAGAAGAAAAGAUCCAGGCUAUGUCAUGGCUUUUUUUUAAACAAUAUUGACAUUAUUGAAAUAAACCUAUUAUUGGCA